AUGGGCUGCGUCACACCGCGUCGGCGGUCUCCGGACUGCCUGUCCUCGCCGUUGCGUGCGAUCUCGCGUUCGACGUCGUCGACGACAUUAGGCGCUUUGACGACUUUGACAAACGCAUCGACGUUCGUGUCGGAUGCACCCGAGCCCACCAAGGACUGCAAGACCGACGCUGGCUCCGACGGCAGCAACUCAGACGUGGAUGAGUUUGCCGAAUUGAAGCAGCGUCGUGCCGAAAUGGCGGCCAUGGCCAGCCGGGUCCUGGCCCUCUACGACGCUGGCGUCCCCUUAUUCACGCGUGGCGCGCUUCGCCAACUGGGGCUGCAGCUUGACCAUAACGCUGGCGUCCGGUCCGGCGACAGGAAUGCCACCGUCACUGUUUGCGGCAUAGACGGCCGCCGGGUGCGGCUGACCACACAGUCGGGCGCCGUGUCUGCUACUGCCGUGCACCCUGACAUUGUUCUGGUAAACGUAAAACCCCAGAUCGAUUACUGGAACAUUGAAAAGCUUACGGGCAACGCCUUGUGGCACAUUCGGCGGUAUGACCCAACGAGGGCUUUUCUUCCACUGCGCAUAAGCCACAUCCAGGAGGCCCGGUACCGUGAUGCGAACGGCACCAUCAGCAGCAGUGGCAGCAGCACGGUGGCAGAACUGGCGAGCGGCCUUGCGUCCGUGUCUCUCUCGACUACAGAAGCAAAGCCCUCUCUAGCAACGGUUCCUGCGCCACAAGCACGACUCAACGUCGACGAAUUGCAGGCUGCGUUCCGGCGACAUCGAGACACGUGGGAAGCAAGCGACGCCUGCCACCAGCUUCGCGAAACACUCUUUGCGAGCCUUGCACCGCAACUUGUGCCGCGUGGGCGAGCGAUUGUCCGCAAGAUUGUGGCCUUUGCGUGCUCGUCCAUGACCGAAGAGCGAGAGGGCGGCAGUGCACGCCACGCUGUGCAACAUGCCAUGAUGCUGACAGUGCGUGAUGUGUUGGAGCAGAUCCAAGCAGACGCAGAGGGCGGCGCGGAAACACAGCUAGACAGCGACUCGGAGACCGAUUCGGAAGCAGACGGAAUAGCAGUGAAAGCAGCGACAACUCGGGAAGCGCCACAGCCGGUUGCUGUAGAUUGUUUUGCGCAAGAUCCCGCGUACGAUGCGGCCGACCGGGCCGUACUCGCCAUGGAAGGCGUUUCCGUGCUUGAGGAUCCAUACGGCUUCCUAGCAGUGGAUGAGACGACUGUUGUGAUAUCCGUCGCGCCGAGCGUGCCUGUGCGCCAAAUUGUGACGGACAUUGCGCGCCCAGCCGCAAUGAUAUGGGGUCGCAUCGUGGACGAAGGUGCUGCGGCUGCAGCUGGUGCACGGCCCUCAUCCGUCUUGGUGGAUGACAUGGGCGGCUUGGCCGAUCCUGCAUCGUCGCGUGUCCAGCAGAUGAUUGAGGCAGACUACGCCGAGUUUGACUUUCCUCGCGACCCUCACAACUUUGGCACUGUUGAUGGUGUUGCAAUCUAUGUGCGAACGUCACCAGCGGCACGGCCACCCACCCCGCCGUUGACCGACGACCAGGCCGGCUGGAGCGCGUCACUCUUUCAACGCCUUCAUCGCACCCUCCUCUGCCAGACCACAUUGACAUGA